CCAGAAGGGUUGGAACCUUGGCCAUGGGCACGGCUGUGGGUGGCCAGCUCCAGGCACCCCCAUCUCUUUGGCCCUCAGGUUUUGUGCCUGUUGUUUGGGCAGCUGUAGGCUUCACUGUCCUUGUGAAAACAUCACCAUGUCCAAGCGACCCCGGGCUGAGACCUUCGUCUUCUUGGACCCGGAAGCCACCGGGCUCGCCAGCGUGGACCCCGAGAUCGCCGAGAUCUCCCUGUUUGCCGUCCACCGCUCCUCGCUGGAGAACCCCGAGCGCGAUGAGUCUGACGCCCCGGUGCCGCCCCAGGUCCCGGACAAGCUCACGCUCUGCAUGAGCAAGGAGCACCCCUUCACUGCCAAGGCCAGCGAGAUCACCGGCCUGAGCAGCGAGGGCCUGGCCAGGUGCCAGAAGGCUGGCUUUGCUGGCGCUCUGGUGCGGACGUCGCAGGCCUUCCUGAGCCGCCAGGAGGGCCCCUUGUGCCUCGUGGCCCACAACGGCUUUGAUUAUGACUUCCCCUGCUGUGCACGGAGCUGCCUGGAUAUGCUGCCGGCGCCGCGGGGCCUGGACCGUGCCCACAGCCAUGGCACCCGGGCCCAGGGCGGCAAGGGUUACAGCCCGGGCAGCCUCUUCCGCCGCUACUUCCAGGCGGCUGAGGGCCGCGUGCACACCCGGCUCAUGGUCUUCCUGCACCGCGCCGCUGAGCUGCUCGCCUGGGCUGCAGCAGGGCAGUGCCAGCCUCCACCGUUCAGCCGGGCCAUGUGGCCUGGAGCUGGCCCCGGGCCAGUACCUUGCUGCCCCUCCUGGCGGGCCUGUGCGCCUGCCAGGCCUGCCCCUGGCCCCCGCCGAACCUGCCCCGCAGCCCUAGCCCCGUCUUUCAAUAAACAUUGACAACUGCUCACCGGCUGGCUUUCGCUUGC